AUGAAGUUCUCGCAUUUAACCCGGAGCGUGUUCCGCGCAAUUCUAGCCAAUAAACCCUAUGUCAGUCGAGACUGUCAAAGGGCCAUUGGAAGAACACCAUUCUCCCAGUACGCACGCACGUCCUACCACUUCCAUCAAAAGCGCCAUCUCUUUGGUCUCAACUUUGGAGGUGCUCGGCAAGGCUUCCAGGGCGCUAGAAGCACUCCCGCCAAUGUCGAACUUGCGUUGAGCAAGCUGGUUGAUCUCGUCAGAGCAAGAAGAAGCCAGUCUCGACUACCCCCCGAGAACGAGGUUGUCGAUGCUCUUAGAUUCCUCUUUACUUCAAGGAUCGAGGCGCCGAGGCGAUUAACGAGAAAUGAGGUCUUUCUGGCCACGGAGGCUUUCAAACAUCUUCAAGAGCGUGGACAUAUUUUGACCGAGGACACUAAGACGGGUCUGUCGGAGGAAGACCUCGAUAAUAUUUUGCUGGCAUUAGCAUCUUCUACAGGCCAUGACAGAUUUCGGACCGACGCCCGGAUUUUGGCAACACUCGUCUUUGAUACACUCAAAAAUCUGUCGAGACCGGCGGAGGAUCUCGAGGCUCCUGUGGAACAGGGUCAACAUCGAGCUCAAGGUUCGCUCUUGUUGACAUAUAUUACUGUACUGUCCAAGACAGGCUCCGCUCAGGAUGCUCUAGCACUCCUCCGCAAGUCCCCCAACAACUCCGAAAGAGCUAGCUUGCCAAUGUGGACUGCCGUUUUGAGAGGUCUUGCAAAUGAAGGGCGAAUGUCGGAAUUUUGGAAGGUCGUUGAAGACGUACAGAAAACCGUCGGGCCUCCUGAUGCUGUCUCCCAAGAGGUCUUGAUCACUUAUUUCGCCCAGCAUGACGAGAUUACUACUUUGAAAAAGGUCUUCUCGCUACCCUUGGAAGAAGGCCAGGUGCCGACGACGCCGACCUUGGUCAAGGUUGUUGACUGUGCGAUGCAGAACGGGGAAUUGGAAUGGGGUGCAAAAGCUGUGCAUCUGCUGCAACAGAGGGCCGAUUCCGGAGAUAUGGCAGGAACUCUGCUUCUCUGGCAUGCUACUCAUGAUCCAGAUGUGAACCAUAUACGGCGAAUGAUUCAACAGCAAUCAGAGCGUGGGCUCACCGACGCAGUAUCUAUGAAAAGCCUUAACCGUGUGAUCGAAUACGCCUAUUCGCAAAACAACCCUGAGACCGCAACACGCUAUAUUGACCUGGCCGAAUCUCUUGGCCUUCACCCGGACGCCAGAACUCGAGCAUUGCAAUUAAAUUACGAACUGAAGCGAGGGGAUCGUGCUGCUGCAGCCCAGGCAUACGAGCUCCUCUCCAGAGAGGAUAUACCUGUCGAUAGGUCGGACGUGCCAAUUCUGAACCACUAUAUUGCUGCUUUGUCCUUUUCUGCAGACCCUGAGUACAUCCACCUCAUGCAAGUUGUCGACCAUCUUAUCGAAAGUGGAGCGGAGCUGGAGGCUGAAGCCAUCGCUGGCCUGUGCCACGUCUUCCUCCAAAGGGAUGAAUUAGAAGAAGCAACAGGCCUGCUCCGCCACAGGGUCGACUCCUAUCCCAUGGAUGACCGAGCUCGAAUAGCCGCAGUCUUCCGUCAAUUCAUUGUUGACCCGACCGUCAAAGAUCAACGCGCCUACAACGCUUAUGAACUGUUCCGGCACGCGUUCCCGGAGGCGCCGGUACGAGACCGCGUUACCCUAAUGCAGUCAUUCUUUGAUCGGAAUCGUCCUGAGCUAGCAUGCCUUGUGUUCGGCCAUAUGCGGCAGCGUGAAGACCUUGAAGCUCGCCCCACUGCCGAGGCAUACGCGAAAUGCUUCGAAGGUAUCGCAAAAUGCAAGGACAUUGACGGACUGCAGAUGAUUUACAAUAUGCUCAAACUAGACCUAGAAGUCGAACAGAAUACACGCAUCCACAACGGCCUAAUGGCAGCAUAUACAGAGUGUCAGCAACCCUUCGUCGCGAUCAUCGAUCAUUUUUGGAAGGUCAUGGAGUCACGCGAGGGCCCUACAUUGAGCUCCUUUAUUCUUGCCCUGCGGGCGUGUGAGAGGUGGAUACCCCAGGGUGGACAUGAGGCAAGACGUAUUAUGGCGUUGAUGCAGAGUUUCAACCUCGUCAUCACGAAAGAAGUAUAUGACGCCUACAUUGGCGCUCUUGCUGGCCAAUCAGAAUUCGAAAACGUUGUGGAAUUGAUCGAAAACAUGGAGCGUGAUAUAGGCGAGCCACCUGACGCCGUGACCAUCGGCACAUUUUAUAAUGCCAUCCCCUGGCAGUAUCGCAAAGACGAAGUGGAGAAGUGGGCAAAGAAGGCCUAUCCGGACCUCUGGGCCGAGUUGGAAAGUUAUGGCGAUGUGAUUGAUGAGGAGUGGGAGAUUAGGUAUUUUAAGAUUGAUCGCUCGGUGGAUAUGGACGAUGAAUUAUUGUUCCAGAAAGGCCAGUAUCAUCCCAUCAUCGCACAGGAGAGUCAUGCGAUGCUGGACACUCCUGUGAAGUGA